AUGAAGUCCUCCCUCACCCUCCUGGCCCUGGCCACCACCGCCCUCUCCCAAACAACAACCCUCAAAGUCUUCGACGCCGGCGAAUCCGCCCUCCCCCUAACCGACAUUGCCGCCAGCGUCGUCGAAGUCAACGCCCUCGAAACAAUCCUGGCCCUAAACUGCGCUCCCAACGCUACAGCAUCCAUCUGCCCCCUCGAAACCCCUUUCACCCUGACCUACGGCCCCUCCACCGCAUCCCUCAAUGCCGUUUACGCCACCAAGACCAGCGGCGUGCAGGCCAAGAUGUCUCUCGUCGAGGGCUGCGACAUCACCUCGUCGACGCAGGGCGCGUCGUGCUCGAUGUCGAUGGUUAUGGGAAUGAGUGUGCGCGGGGUUUCGACUAGCACGACGACCACUACCACGACGUCGUUUGGGGAGGAGGAUAUCACGUAUCGCGAUUUGGCGGUUACCGCGGGUGUCAGCAAGUUGACUGCUCCCGAGGCUACGCAGACGCCUGAGGGGGGUGCUGCUCCGGGAGCUGUUGUUAAUGGGAAGGGGAUUGGGGGGUUGGCGGCGGCGGCUGUUGCGGCAGCUGCUAUGUUUGUCUAG